UAUCAGACCAUGCUGUUAUUUAGCCUCGAUCCAGGUUGUAGUCAGAUGUGAUUUUUUUUUCUCGAAAUUCUUGGUUUUUUUGCUCCAUUUUUCCCUCUUGAAAGUAAUUCACUGCAACAUGGAAUUGUCUCCUGAACAUCUCAAACAACUGCGUUCUUUCGUAGAAGCAUGCAAACUAAAUCCUAAUCUUUUAUAUAUGCCAAAUUUGGAAUUUUUCCGUCGUUGGAUUGAAGAAAUGGGAGGAAAGAUCCCGGCCAAGACCGAGGAAGCCCCUAAAGCUCCUCCGAAAGAAACUCCACCACCUGCAGAAGCCGAGGAACCAAAACAAGAGGCAGCCAGCGAAGAAAAUGUGUCCGAAGAAAGUGAAGAGAGUGAAAUUGAAUUGGAUAAUUCUGGUGUUGUGGAAGAUGACGAAGAUUUCGACCAAAAGUUUGGGGAUGAAACCCUGGAAAUUACCGACGAAAUGAUUGAACUGGCAAAUGACAAACGCAAUGAGGCUUUAGAUGCCAUGGCCAACGGAGAUUACGAAAAAGCUAUCGAAUUAUUGACCAUUGCUAUUCAGAACAACCCGACAUCGGCCAACCAGUAUGCCAAGAGGGCCUCCGUCUUCAUCAAAAUGCUAAAACCUAACGCUGCUAUCAGAGAUUGUGAGAAAGCCAUUCUACUCAACCCAGACUCAGCACAGCCUUAUAAAUGGCGAGGCAAGGCCCAGGGUUUGUUGGGUAAAUGGGAACAGGCUUACCAAGAUCUCUCUACUGCUUGUAAACUUGACUACGAUGACGAUGCUUACAAAAUGUUACAAGACGUCACCCCAAAUGCCAAGAAGAUCCAAGAACACAGGCGUAAGUAUGAAUUGAAACGUGAAAUGAAAGAAAUGAAACAGCGGAAAGAAAGAAUUCGUAAAGCCAGGGAGGAAUACGAAAAGGCUAAAGGUCAGUCUGGAUCAAGUGGCACAGGUGCUUCCACUGGAGGCGGCUUUGGCAUGCCCGGGGGUUUCCCUGGUUUCCCAGGAGCUGGUGGUCCGGGUAGUGGACCGGGUGGCAUCGAUAUCUCUCAACUCCUCAGCGACCCUGAUAUUUGUUCAGCACUUCAAGAUCCAGAAAUCGCUGCAGCAUUCCAAGACGUCAGUUCCAAUCCAGCCAACAUAGGUAAAUAUCAAAAUAAUCCUAAAGUUCAAAAAGUGAUUAACAAACUUGCUGCUAAAUUCGGUGCCCCUAAUCCUCCUCAGGGGGGCAGUUUCUAAGACAGUAUCAAGCAGCUUGCAUGUUUAUCCUCCUCAUUUAGCUUGCAGUUGCAUUUGAGCUGUAAUAUUGAUUGAUAUUUCCUGCAAGUGAGCGAACUGUUGUAGUUCUGUCGCAGACAUUUUACUCCACUGAAGCUGUCAAUAUACACAUAAAACAGUAAUUCCAGAGAAAAACCACUACACAUGCUAGACAAACGACCCCGAACUGCUGUUACAACACCAAAAGUUGUACCUUAUUUGCAGUUGCUCACUUUAUCUCUCUCUUUCUUUCUCUCUCUCUCUCUCUCCACAACAACCUGUCCACCUCUUUGCUUUUGCCUUUCUCUCACAAAAGCCAUCCCCCCUUUCAAUUCCAUACAAAAAUACAUUCUACCAAUUUAUCUGUAUUUUUCUACUGUUUUAUUACUUUAAUUAACAUUGGUUUAUCUCAAAUCUUUGACCAACCACAAAAUAACUUUCGUUAAUAGAGAAGAUGAGGGUUUCUUUUUUUUUCUUCUUUUUUUUCCCUUUUUAUGUUUGGGGUCCUUUUAUGUUCUGUCUCAAGCAUUGACGUAAAAUACUUUUUUCCUAAGUUAUAUAUAUUCUGUCUUGAAAUGUUAAGAAACAUUUUCCUUUUUUUUAUAUUCGACUUGCUAGAAAUAGCAGCCAAACUACAUCCUGCUGUCUUGAAGGAACACGUUCAAUAAUGUUUGUCCCAGGUUGACUACCUGGGGGAAAAAAAAAGAGGGGAUGGUCACAGCUGGAAUGCCUUUCAUGCGGGCUGACCAGGGGAGGGGACUGAACAGGAUUUGGGGAGCCAGACCUCGCUGAAGUCAACUUUACUUUUCAUCCUUCUAAGGUUGCUAGAAGACGGUGCCAACUCUGUCCUGGGGUCGAUGCCAUCGACUAAUCCCUUCCCCUCAAAAUUGCUGGCCUGUAAGUAAAUUAGAAACGACCAUUACUAAUAAUAAUAAUAAUAAUAAUCAAUAGUUAAAACUUCCUGAAAUGUUUUGCAAUUUCUAGCUUCAAUAAGUUUUCUUUAAUGUCCCAACCGGGACGGGCAACCUCGGGUUUACCAGAACCUUCUAUGUUUACAAAUAGAAUUUAAAUGAAUAAUGCUCCCUCAUGUCAAUAGCUAGCUGUCUUGCAAUAUACACUGCACACGUAUUUGCAUGUGCGGUGCAUUUUGCCCCUCUCGCAGUUAGGGGUUUACUUUGCAGUGUCAGCUCACCCAGACUCUUUCCUAAAACUGCUCGUGUAGGCCCAUCACAUUUCUUUUUCACCGAAACAAUGUUUAUUGAUCUCUCAAGAGAAGAAAA